AUGGCUUCCAGAUCAGAGGAGGAUCUCACUUGUCCUGUUUGUCAGGAGAUCUUUAAGAACCCUGUUGUUCUGUUGUGUAGCCACAGCUUCUGUAAAAACUGUUUGCAGGAAUGGUGGACAGAGAAACUGAUACACGAGUGUCCAGUUUGUAAGGAAAUACAUUUAUUUAGUGAUACACCUUGUAACCUGGCGUUAAAGAACCUGUGUGAGACGUUUUUACUGGAGAGAGAUCAGAGAGCUUCAGAGCCUCUCUGCAGUCUGCACUCUGAGAAACUCAAACUCUUCUGUCUGGACCAUCAGCAGCCAGUUUGUGUCAUCUGCAGAGACUCAAAGACACACAACAACCACAGAUUCAGACCCAUCGAUGAAGCUGCACAGGAUCACAAAGAGGAGCUCCAGAAAUCCCUGAAGCCCUUACAGGAGAAACUGGAGCUCUUUGGACAAGUUAAAGGAAACUGUGAUCAAACAGCAGAACACAUUAAGGUCCAGGCCCGACACACAGAGAGGCAGAUUAAGGAGCAGUUUAAGAAGCUUCACCAGUUUCUACAAGAGGAAGAGGAGGCCAUGAUCUCUGCUCUGAGGGAGGAAGAGGAGCAGAAGAGUCAGGUGAUGAAGGAGAAGAUUGAUGCUCUGAGCAGAGAGAUAGCAGCUCUUUCAGACACAAUCAGAGCCACAGAGGAGGAGCUGAGAGCUGAACACGUCUCAUUCCUGCAGAACUACAAGGCUGCAGUGGAAAGAGUCCAGCAGCGCCCCCUGCUGGAGGAUCCACAGCUGCUCUCAGGAGCUCUGAUAGAUGUGGCCAAACACCUGGGCAACCUGACCUUCAACAUCUGGAACAAGAUGAAGGAGAUGGUCUCCUACACUCCUCUGAUUCUGGAUCCAAACACUGCUAAUCCAGAACUCAUCCUGUCUGAAGAUCUGACCAGUGUGAGAUUUGGAGAGAAACAGAAGCUUCCUGACAAUCCAGAGAGAUUUGAUGACCACCCCGCUGUCCUGAGUUCUGAGGGCUUUAACUCUGGGACUCACAGCUGGGAUGUUGAGGUUACAUAUGAUGGACUCUGGUCCAUAGGUGUGGUGAAGGAGUCUGUCUGGAGAAAGGGUAAAAUACCAACUGGCUACUGGGUGAUUGUCUUCUUUGAUGGAAAACUCAAGGCAUACUCCCGACCACACUUUGGAAAAGUCCUCUCAGUGGAGAAGAGGCCACAGAGGAUCAGAGUUCAUCUGGACUUUGACAAAGGAAAACUGUCAUUCUUUGAUUCUGAUACAAACACACACAUACACACCUUCACACACACUUUCACUGAGAGACUGUUUCCAUAUAUUGCCACCAAGAAUCAACUGAAGAUAUUACCAGAGACGGUCUCUGUCACAGUGGGACAGCACACAGUCCCUUCAUCAAGCUCAAGGCUUUGAUUUUAGCUGGGAAUGCAGCAUUUUAUUUCAAGAGUAAAACUUCUCAGAAAUGUCGACGUUUGGCAUCUCAGUGAUACUAAACAUAGAAUUAUAUGCAUAAAAUAUAUAACUAUAUGGGUUUCUGCCACAGGAAAGAUCAACAAUCUGUAAUAUGAUUUCUUAGAGUUCUUUUGUUGUAUUUUUUCUUUUUGGGAUCAUUUUGUGUUGAUAUGUCACAUUUUUAUACUACGUACUAAUUGUAAACAGUGUGUGCUAUAUAUUAAUCUUCAUGGUAAACUGUUUCUGCAGUUAGUACACAAGAAAUGAACAGCCUUCACUGUUUUAUACUAACAGCAAAUAACAGGAACAACUAGCAACAACACACAACAAUCAAAUUAUGACUUUGGAAAUCUACAAUCAAUCAAACGUAAUAACAGUUAAAUGUUUUUCUAUGUGCUGAUUUAAGUAUAUUUUUAACCUUUCACAGUUUCUGUUUCCACUGUAACAAUAACAACUAUGUUGAUACUAAAAAAAUAAUGUGAUGAUAAUGAGACAAAGGUGGAAGUUUUAUUAUCUAUGUUCUGUUUUAACUGAGUUACUCUGAGAAAAAGUAAAAUGUGAAAUGUGUCAAUCAGGAACUGAUGGGAAGAAAAUAAGGAAGAAGACGAUGAUGAUGAUUCUGAUAAUAGGGAAACCAUUAUUAGCAUGAAUAUUAUUUUCUUCCUUACAUUAAAUGUUAGCUAAUGUUACAUGUAUAUUUAGCCGU